AUGACAUCAUCAGGCCCUGCCCCGCCCCCCCUCCUCCUCUUGUUGUGGAUUGGACGGACACCCUGUUUGUCUACCCUGUGGCCCCGCCUCCUGCUGUUUCUCUGGUUCCGGAUUGGUGGACAGGUGCUCCAGGUGAGCGCCUCCCACCAGCACUUCCACCCCCACUCCAUAAAGAUACCUGGUGACAUCACUCUGGGGGGGCUGUUCCCCAUCCACGCCCGCGGCCCCCACGGUCUGCCAUGCGGCGAGCUGAAGAAGGAAAAGGGGAUCCACCGUAUGGAGGCCAUGUUGUACGCUCUGGAUCAGAUAAACAGCGACCCCGAGCUGCUGCCCAACAUCACGCUGGGGGCCCGGAUCCUGGAUACCUGCUCCAGGGACACCUACGCCCUGGAACAGUCUCUCACUUUCGUUCAGGCACUGAUCCAGAAAGACACGUCUGACAUCCGCUGCUCCAACGGAGAGCCGCCCAUCAUCCGCAAACCGGAGAGGGUGGUGGGCGUGAUAGGAGCCUCGGCCAGCUCUGUGUCCAUCAUGGUGGCCAAUAUCCUGAGGCUGUUCGAGAUUCCUCAGGUGAGCUAUGCGUCGACUGCUCCGGAGCUCAGUGAUAACAACCGGUACGACUUCUUCUCGCGGGUGGUUCCUCCGGACUCGUACCAGGCUCAGGCCAUGCUGGACAUUGUCCGAGCAAUGGGCUGGAACUACGUGUCCACGCUCGCCUCCGAGGGAAACUACGGCGAGAGCGGUGUCGACGCCUUCAUGCAGAUCUCCAGAGAGGAAGGGGGUGUAUGUAUUGCUCAGUCGGUGAAGAUUCCUCGCGAGCCAACAGACGGGGAGUUUGAUAAGAUCAUCAGACGUCUGAUGGAGACGAGCAACGCUAGAGGAGUGAUCAUCUUCGCUAACGAGGACGACAUCAAGCAAGUCCUAGAGGCAGCGAGGCGUGCUAACCUGACAGGACACUUCCUGUUUGUGGGGUCGGACAGCUGGGGAGCAAAGAGUUCACCAAUCGCAGAGCUGGAGGACGUCGCCGAGGGCGCCGUGACCAUCCUGCCCAAACGGGCGUCGAUAGAUGGUUUCGAUCAGUACUUCACGUCUCGUUCUCUGGAGAAUAACCGCAGGAACAUUUGGUUCAACGAGUUCUGGGAGGACGACUUCAGGUGCAAACUGACCAGACCGGGAAUCAAACUGGACCCAGAAAAGAAGAAGUGUACAGGUGAGGAGCGGAUCGGUCGGGACUCGUCCUAUGAGCAGGAGGGGAAGGUUCAGUUUGUGAUCGACGCGGUUUACGCUGUGGCGUACGCUCUGCACAGCAUGCACCUGGACCUGUGUCCUGGCAACGCUGGAGUCUGCAGCAACAUGGACCCUGUGGAGGGACGCCUGCUGCUCGACUACAUCAGAGCCGUCACCUUCAACGGAAGUGCAGGUACGACUGUUUUGUUCAAUGAGAACGGAGAUGCUCCAGGUCGUUACGACAUCUUUCAAUUCCAAAUGACCAAUCACAGCCAUCCUGGCUACCAUGUGAUCGGCCAGUGGACCAAUAACCUGAAACUCAAUUUGGAUGAGAUGCAGUGGUCCGGAGGAGACAAAUCAGUUCCAGACUCCAUCUGCAGUUUUCCGUGUAAAUCAGGAGAGAGAAAGAAGAUGGUGAAAGGAGUUCCAUGCUGUUGGCACUGUGAGCUUUGUGAUGGGUAUCAGUACCAGCUGGAUGAGUUUACCUGUGAGCUCUGUCCGUUAGACAUGCGCCCCACCCCCAACAGAACCACCUGCCGUCCAACUCCGAUCAUUAAACUGGAGUGGAACUCGCCCUUUGCCCUCAUCCCUGCCUCCCUCGCUAUGCUGGGUAUCCUAGCAACCAGUGCAACGGUGAUCACCUUCAUCCGCUUUCAUGACACGCCCAUCGUCAGGGCAUCAGGGCGGGAGCUGAGCUACGUCCUGCUGACAGGUAUCUUUCUGAUCUACCUGAUCACCUUCCUGAUGAUCGCGGAGCCCGGUGUGGUGGCGUGCGCGUUCCGGCGCCUCCUGCUGGGCCUCGGCAUGGCCAUCACCUACUCUGCCAUGCUGACUAAAACCAAUCGCAUCUAUCGGAUCUUCGAACAGGGCAAGAAGUCGGUGACCCCGCCCAAAUUCAUCAGCCCUGCCUCCCAGCUCAUCAUCACCUUCAUCCUCAUCUCUAUCCAGGUGCUCGGUGUGUUUGUGUGGUUCGCUGUUGUCCCGCCUCACACCAUCAUCGACUACGAGGAGCAACGCCCCCCGAACCCCGACCUCGCCCGUGGCAUCCUGAAGUGUGACAUGUCUGACCUGUCAAUCAUCUGCUGCCUCAGCUACAGUAUCGUCCUCAUGGUAACGUGUACGGUGUACGCAGUGAAAAGUCGCGGUGUUCCAGAAACGUUUAACGAAGCGAAGCCGAUCGGAUUCACCAUGUACACCACCUGCAUCAUCUGGCUCGCCUUCGUACCGAUCUUCUUUGGUACCGCCCAGUCCACAGAGAAGAUGUUUAUCCAGACAGCCACUCUGACCGUGUCCAUGUCUCUCAGUGCGUUCGUGUCUCUCGGGAUGCUCUACAUGCCGAAGGUUUAUGUCAUCAUUUUUCACCCCGAACAAAACGUCCAGAAGAGAAAAAGAAGCUUCAAGGCGGUUGCCCAGGCUGCCAGAGUUUCUCAAAGGUCUCAAAGUGAGAAACAGAAUGGAGAGACGAAGAUUGAACCUGACAGAUCGCAGUAAUACUACAGUAAUACUACAGCAAUACUCCACACAACAGGUAGCUACUGACCAAUCCCUGUCCAGAGCCUGAUGACAUCAUCAUCAUCAUCAUCAUAAAGAUCUCUCUCUCACACACACACACACACGCACGCACACACAUUUUAAACAUGAAACUGUGUCUGAAUGUUUUUUACUGAGAUUCCAAAAAAGUUAGAAUGUUGUCUGAAACAUUAAUAAACAGAAUGUAAUUGUUUAAUAUUUUGUGACAAAUAAUUAACAAAAAAACUGUACAAAGAAAAUAUGUUUAAUGUUCAAACUGAUGAACUUUUUUGUUUUUUGUAAAUGUUAACUUUUUGUUUUUAUCUACGUUUUACGCAUCGUCCCAACUUUUUGGGAUUCGUCCAUGAGUCGUAGCUCUCUGGCUCCACCUGGUGGCGUGUUUUUGUUUUUUUUUUAAACUUCUGAUACAUGCAGUGCUGAACAACAACGGUGAAUCCAGGACACAGGCAGCAGCAGCGACAGGACUCAACCUCGUGACCACGUCUUUAAUUCUUGUGCAUAUUUUGUAUCAUAGCAACCAGCUGAGUGGAGCCUACAGCGCCCCCAGCUGGACGCUUUCAAAACAGCAGCUGCUGUUUUCAGCUAAUCGGUUGCUGAUGUGAUGGACAAGUAAUGUAAAUAUUAAACAUGAAGAAAUCUUAGAGAUAGAGAUGUAUGGAUCAGAAGACGACACUGAUCGGUCACAAUGAUGUUUGAUGUAAAAAUGACACGGAUGUUUGCUUGUAUGUGAGAUUAUAAAAACAUGUUUUAUUGAGUUUUUUUCAGAGAAAAUGCAACAAUAUAAUAUCAAUCAACAAGAGUUGAAGCAUGAAAACAUUUGUGUUUUGAAGA